CAACCCUGUGUCCUUCUAUCGCGGACUUCCCUGGGCAAAGGCAAAAGUAGCAUUAUAAAUUGAAAAUAAUUGUUGCUAAAAAAUGCAGAUUAAAUUUCGUAAGUUCACAAAUCUAAAUGAUGUAUUUGGUCGAAGUUGAUCCCCAAACUCAAUGUAAUCGUGAGAAUAGAUUUGUUUCCGUGUGUGUUUGUGCUAAAUUGGUCAGGAAACUUAAUUUCUAUAUAUAAAGGUUGACUUUGAGUCUUGUAGCUGAGAUGGGAAAGGAUGUCAACAUACUCGUGGGUGUCAUUGUUGGAAUUGCCGUUAUUUUGGUGGGUAUUGCAGUAGUGGUUGCUUGCUCAUUUUUCUGCUUCCGGAAAUGGAGAAAGAAGAAGUUCCCGAUCACUCUCACGGCUUUUUAUCGGAGCAGGUCCUAUGACGAAGAGGUUCCACCGACCCCAAGUAGCAUCCAAUCAGAAUCCGUGUAUUCCUUCGCAACGCCCUCUAUAGCGACAGACGGGGUUAACCCCUCAGAUACGAUAGAAUUUUCUUACGAUAAAGCUGACAGUCCUUAUAUAGAAUUACCAGCUGAUCCUAACGCAGAAAGUAAAGAGAACAGAGAAAAAUUACGUUUCUUAGACCCGAAGCGCUCGAAAUCUUGGAAGAGUGGUUGGAUAGAUCGGGUCACCCAUAUGAUUGAAGCCACUGAAACUUAUUCCAGGGCUGCCAUCCGAAGGUUAUCUGAAAUUGUUUCAGAUUCAGGGGAAAACUGUGAUAGUGAGGCUUUAGAUGAGACAAAACUGCCGACAGAGGGUAUGUCGGAAAACCCUGUGGUCGAUGUACCAACAGGAAAUGAUAUCUACGCACGCGUGAAAAAAUGACAAAAACCUUUCGUCACUGGGUUCAGUCGUUGGAGCGCCAUUAAUUUAACCAUAUUUUUCUCUCAAGAGAAUUCAUUACCUGCAUGGUUGUUCUACUGAAAGCACAAUUAUUUCCAUUUUUAUAGAAUUCAUGUAAUAUGUUUCAUUUGAUAUUCCUACGUUGUGUUGUGAGUGUUCGCGUCAUUUCUGACACAUUUUAAAUUCGUCCUUUUUAUUUGAUUUUUUUUAUUUCAUUACAUAGAUACAUUUUCCCGGUAUAUCACAGUAUAGAAUCUAGGUCAUGAUCAUGGAGGAAACAAUGAGAGAAUAUCCAUUUAUUGAUCGUGCCAGUUUCUGGCGGCUCCUAUAUUGGAGCUGUAUACAUUGUUGUUGCAAGUUGAAAUAUUUUUGUUAUUCAUAAUCAUGAAAUAAUUAUUAAAGAUAAAGCGGAUAAAUGUGAGCAU